UCAUGAUGCUUGCGCAACCAUGUUUCACUGUUCUCACAGUGUACUGUGGCUUGAAUUCAGUGUUUGGGGGUCGUCUGAGAAACUUGGGACUUUGCGGGGGCUUCUUGCAGAUAGCUUGGCUUCACAGGUAACUUUAGACCUUCUUUGAUCUUCCUGGAGCUGAUUGUUGGCUGAGUCCUUGCCAUUUUGGCUAUUCUUCUAUCCUUUCGAAUGCUUUCUUCCACAUCUUUCAGGUUUUGGUUGCCAUUUUAAAGCAUUUGCGAUCAUUUUAGCUGAGCAGCCUAUCAU